AUGGAUGACGUGAGCGUUGACAAUGAAGCCCGAGAUCCAGAAGGAGCGUUGGGAAUCCGAAGUCUGAUUCUUGAUUGCCUGAAGAUUCCCGCCAACUUUGCGCCGGUCUACUUUACGUCGGAUGUCGCCUGUGUUUCUGAUUGCGAUCGUACCAAAACCCUUGAUCUGAGAAUUGAGAAUCCAUAA